GAGGGGGGAGGGGGAUGUUUGCCCGGAAACCAGGAAAGGGAAUAACACUUGAAAUGUAUAUAAGAAAUACUCAAGUUAAUAAAAAAAAAAAAAAAAAGCAGAGCUUUUUCUCUAAAACCAGGCAUAUGCUUUUGAGAUCUGUUAAUGGUCUGGGGCCAGGUCCUUUGGAGAGGGGUUGUCUCUGCUGCUUAGUUUCCAAAAAUUGCUACCACCUGGGACUGAAGACAUCAGUUCCAAAGUAGUGGAGGCGUGGUCUUUAAUGUUAAUGAGAUGGCCCUGUACUCCGUGAGCAACAUUGUUUGAUCUGGUCCCUCCUUAAUUUGUCCAUUGUAUGGUUGAUUCUGCUGACUUCAUGGAAAUCUCCCAUUUCUUUCCAUUUUCCUUGUAGGUAGUAGAAAUGCUGCUGUUCUUAAGAAGCUUCCUUAGCAGAAGCCUUAGCUCCUUGCUACCCCACCCCAGCUUUCAUACUUUCUAUCUCCUACUUUUUCUAUCUUUUACAUCCUCUGAAGCCUUCCACUUAGGAUUCUGUCCUUGAAGAAUGGCCCGCUCUUUCAGAGUAUUGGUGUAGUUAAGAAAUGAUUGGUGAAAUAUAUUUGCUAUGUAAAUCUCCUAACUUCCAAGUGGCUAAAACAAGUAGUCACCACUCUAUCCUUAAAUUGUUCAGAAUUAAAGUUAGGGUGUCUGUGAAUUGUUGUCUUUAUGCAGGUGAGAGCUAAAUGAGUCCAUUUGUGCAUUUGGGAAAGUGAGUCUUUUGUUUAUUCUCUGGGGAGUAUAGCUUUACCCUUGAGUGUGCCACUGCCCUUCCUCUUCUAAGCAAUUUGGGCCCUUUCUUCUGCUGUAUAUUCUAAAUGAGCCCAUCCUUUAGUCUAAUCCUGGUUCCCAGCAGGUGUCUCUUGCUGGCCCAAAACUGGGAUAGUCACUUGCAUAACCAUUUCUGGAGCCACCUGAUCUGCCUGGGUAUUGUUCAGUGCCACUGAGUCUCUUCCCAUCUGAUGUCUGGGGUAAUGAAUGCUCAUAGUUGUUACCUUCAUCAUGACAUCCAAGAGACCCACGAUUUUGGCUCUGAAAGACCCCCAGAGCAGGGAGACCCUCACUCAAGUCUCGAGAUGAUGCAACCCCCCAAGAACUCACGUGAGACCGUCCUUGCUGUAAUAAACAUGAGGUGUAUUGAUAGGAACCAGUGCACUGGGGUCGAGACUCAUAUCCCAUGCAGGGGCAGUGGAGUUCGACCCCGAGAUGCUGGGAGAAAGGGUAUUUAAAGGGAGAAACCACAACCCAAGGGGGCGGGGGUGGUGUCUUUGGAAAAUCACAAGAGGCUUCCUGUCAAGAUUGCUUAACUUCUUGUUCCCUUUAGUUCCUAGGAGAAGCUUCCUUCUUCUCAAGGUUGUUCUUUUAAGAUUUUAAUCUAACUUUAUGGUCAGCUAGUUCCUGGAAGAAGCUUCCUCUUAUCUUUACUAGGUUGGGAUCACCUAUCUAAGGGCCUUAUCUUAAACCCUUUAUCUGGAUCCUGGGAGAGCAGGCUCAAGAAAUGUGAAUCUUUACUUACUUACAGGUAGAGGGCAGGGUCUGGAAUUUGAGGUAUUUAGGGCUUCUUAGGGGUGAGAUUCCAUUUUUAAACUUCCGACUUUUUGGCCGUAUUUUUUAUUCUUUGAGCUUCUUUUUCUACCUUGGUAUAUAGCCCGGUGGUCGGGAGCUGUGGCAAAGGCAUCUGUGCUGAUGUGCUGAGGGAUAAAAUGCUAAAGAAUGGAAAGUUCCUACCUAUUUGAAGGCAGAUUGCUUGGGUGGGAUCUUGUGGUCUUUUCUGGAUGUCUUGAGGCAAAGUCAGCUUUAAGUCAUUGAGAUGCUCCUCAUUUAAGUUGAAAAGUUUUAACUCCCUAUAGACUGGACUUGAGUCACCCACCUACCUCCCACCCCCAAGAAAUGAAGUGUUUUAGCCUGCCAAGGGUGUAUUGGGGGGAGAGCCUUCUUUUAUAACAAUUAGAUGUCUGAGAACUGUCAUGGUGGGCACUUUCUUUGUACUCUAGCUUUAUCUCUUGGCUUACAAUGGAUUCUUGGAAGCAGAAGGGUAAGAAAGAGCAGAACACAGAUGAAACAAGAUUUGAGGAAAGAGAGCAAAGGAGCUGACUUGGAUUUGAUGUUUUCAGGAGAAACGUAGACUAGGUAGAAGGGCAUACAUGGAAAGAGAUUUCUGAGUGUCUUGCAGUUUAGUUCUACAUUCAAGCUUGUCAAUAUCUAUGUUACAUAUAGUUAAGAAAAUGAAGUUAGCUCACUAGGGUAGCAUGUCUUUACCAAACCUCCCACAGCAUUUGUUAUUAUUGGGAAUAUAUAUCAGAAAAUGUAAAAUGGUAAAGGCUAGAGAAAGUAACUUAUUUUAAUUCAAUUGCAUAAAAUCAAUUUUAAAUGAAAAUAUGGUAAAUACAGAGAUGGCUUAGUUAUGAGCAUUGGAUAUUGUUAUAGAUGACACAGGUUGCAUUCUCUAAAACCAUAUGGCAUUAAACCAGCUGCUGUAACUGUAGUCCCAAGGGAUCUAAUGCCUUCUUCUGACCACUGCAGGUGCUGCACACAAACAAGUGCCAGGAAAGCACUCAUAUACAUAAAAUAAAAAUAAGGUAUAAAAAAUGGAGUCUUCCACUGGAUGGAUUUGGCUCAUUGGUCAAAGAUCAAGUGACUAUCAGUGUGUGGGUUUACUUCUGCGUCUUCCAUUCUAUCCAUUCCUGCCUGUCUGUUCUCAUCACUCUUGCUUUGUAAUACUGCUUGAGGUCAGGGAUGAUGAUUCCCCCCAAAAUUGUUUUAUUGUUAGAAAUAGUUUUUGCUAGCAUAGGUUUUUUUGUUAUUCCAAAUGAAUUUGCAAAAUGCUCUAUCUAACUCUGCGAGUUGGAAUGUUGAUGGGGAUUGCAUAAAUCUGUAGUUUGCUUUUGGCAAGAUGGCCAUCUUUACUAUAUUAAUCUUGCCAAUUAAUCUAUGCCAGUCCAUGAGCAUAGGAGAUCUUUCCAAAUUCUGAGAUCUUCAGUUUCUUACUUCAGACUUGAAGUUCUUGUCAUACAGACGUUUCACUUGCUUGCUUAGAGUCACACCGAGGUAUCUUAUAUUAUUUGUGACUACUGCGAAGGGUUUCAUUUCCCUAAUUUCUUUCUCAGUCUGUUUUUCCCUUGUGUAAGGAAGGCUACUGAUUUGUUUGAGGUAACUUUAUACCCAGCCACUUUGCUGAAGCUAUUUAUCAGGUUUUGUAGUUCUCUGGUGGGUUUUUUGGCCUCACUUAAGUAUAUUAUUAUAUCUUCUGCAAAUAAUGAUAUUUUGACUUCUUCCUUUCCAAUUUCUAAUCCUUUGAUCUCCUUUUUUUUUGUCUCAUUGCUCUGGCUAGGACUUGAAGUACUAUAUACAAUAGGUAGGGAGAGAUAAGGCCACUUUGUCUAGUCCCUGAUUUUAGUGUGAUUGCAUCAAGUUUCCAUUUAGUUUGAUGUUGGCUACUGGUUUGCUGUAUAUUGCUUUUACUGUAUUUAGGUAUGGGCCUUGAACUCCUGAUCUUUCCAAGACUUUUAACAUGAAAGGGUGUUGAAUUUUGUCAAAUAUAUUAUAAGCAUCUAAUGAGAUGAUCUUUAGGUUGUUGUUGUUGGGUUUUUUUUGUUGUUGUUGUUGUUUUUUUUUUUUUUGAGUUUGUAUAUAUAGUGAUUUAUAUCCAAUGGAAAAAAAGAGAGCAUUUUCAACAAAAUGCUGGUUCAAAUGGUAGUCAGCAUGUACAAGAAUACAAACCAGUCCACUCUUAUCUCCUUGUAAAAUGCUCCAGUUGAAAUGGAUCAAGGAGGUCCACAUAAAACAAGAUACACUGAAACUAAUAGAAGAGAAAGUUGGGAAGAGCCUCGACCACAUGGGCACAGGGAGAGAUUUCCUGAACAAAACACCAGUGGCUUAUGCUCUAGAUCAACAUUUGACAAAUGGGACCUCAUAAUAUUCCAAAGCUUAUGUAAGGCAAAGAGCACUGUUAAUAGGACAAAACAGCAACCAACAGAUUGGGAAAAGAUCUUUACCAGACAUACAUUCCAUACAGGGCUAACAUAUCAUAUAUAAAAGAACUCAAGAAGGUAAACUCCAGAAAUCAAGUAACCCUAUUAAAAAGUGGGAUACAGAGCUAAACAAAGACUGCUCAACUGAGGAAUAUCAAAUGGCCGAGAAAGCACCAAAAGAAAUGUUCGGCAUCCUUAGUUAUCAAGGAAAUGCAAAUCAAAACAACCUUGAGAUUCUACCAAACACCAGUCAGGUUGGCUAAGAUCGAAAACUCAGGUGACAGCACAUGUCUUCGAGGCUGUAGAAAAAGAGGAACACUCCUCCAUUGCUGGUGGGAUUGCAAGCUGGGACAACCACUCUGGAAAUCAGUCUGGUGGUUCCUCAGAAAAUUGGACAUAGUAUUCCCUGAGUACCCAGCUAUACCACUUCUGUGUCUUUACCAAAAAGAUGUUCCAACAUAUAAAAAACACACAUGCUCCACUAUGUUCAUAACAGCCUUAUUUAUAAUAGCCAGAAGUUGAAAAGGACCCAGAUGUCUUCAACAGAGGAAUGGAUACAGAAAAUGUGGUAUAUUUACACAAUUGAGUAUAACUAAGCUAUUAAAACAAUGACUUUGGGAAAUACUUAGGCAAAUGGAUGGAACUAGAAAAUAUCAUCCUGAGUGAGGUAACCCAACCACAAAGGAACACACAUGGUAUGCACAAACUGAUAAGUGGAUAUUAGCCCAAAAGCUCAGAAUACCCACAAUACAAUUCACUGACUAUCUGAAGCUCAAGAAGGAGGAAGACCAAAGUGUGGAUGCUUCAGUCUUUCUUAGAAGAAAGAACAAAACACACAGGAGGAAAUAAGGAGACAAGGUAUGGAGCAGAGACUGAAGGAAAGGCCAUCCAGAGACUGACCCACCUGGGGAUCCAUCCCAUAUACAGUCACCAAACUCAGACAUUAUUGCAAAUGCUAAGAAGUGCUUGCUUACAGGAGCCUGAUAUAGCUGUCUCCUGAGAGGCUUGGCCAUAGCCUCACAAAUAUUGAGUUGGAGGCUCACAGCCAACUACUGUACUGGGUCCGGUGUCCCCAAUGGAGGAGUUAAAAAAACGAUUGGAGGAGCUGAAGGGGUUUGCAACCCCACAGGAAGAACAACAAUAUCAAUGGAGCAGACCCCCCCCCCCCAGAGCUCCCAGGGACUAAACACCCAACAAAAGUGUACACAUGGAGUGACCCUUUGCUUCAGCUACAUAUGUAGCAGAAAAUGGCCUUGUUGGACAUCAGUGGGAGGAGUGGCACUUGGGCCUGUGAAGGCUUGAUGAUUCAGUGUAGGGUAAUGCCAGGAAGGCAGGUGAGAAGGGUGGGUUUUUCAAGGCACCUCAGAGAAGCAGGGGAGGGGCUAUCUGAUAGGGGUCUUCUAAAGGGGAAAGCAGGAAAGGUGAUAACAUUUGAAGUGUCAAUAAAGACAAUAUCCUGUAAAAGAAAAGAAAAAAAAAUAUGGAAUCUUCUACAGAAGAUUCCUUGAGACACAGAGCAUUCAGGAUGAGGUAAAAUGUACUUCAGGUCAAAUGACUGCAGUCAGUUACUGAAACUGAAACAGGUGGACACUCUGAGGGAUUUUUCUUAUUGAAAUAUUUACUAUGGGAACCCAUCCCCCUUUUUUUGUGGAGGGAGCUCAUGAGUUGAUAAGAAAAAUCUUUAUCUAGGCCAUAUCUUCUGGUGGAAGCUUACGUAUGUAAGGAUGAAGAUAGUAACUAUUUUUCUUUUUCUUCCUGCCAUACUCUGGUAAGAGAGAUUACUUCAUUUUUCUAGCAUUAGAGGUUCCGUGUUAGGAAUUCUGGUACAUGCUGAAGACCAGCUGAGACAUAAAGACACGACUGUAUUCUUUUUUUUUUUUUUUUUUUGGUUCUUUUUUUCAGAGCUGGGGACUGAACCCAGGGCCUUGCGCUUCCUAGGCAAGCGCUCUACCACUGAGCUAAAUCCCCAACCCUGACACGACUGUAUUCUUGAACUUGCCAUUGUUGCAGUCAUUGUCUUACUCGUGGACAACAUUCCAUGAGACAUUUCUCUAUAUCCACUUCAUCCAUACAUAGAGAGAGCCAUGCUUUGGGUUCUGUUCAUCUGGAAAACCUCGGCUACUACAGAUAUGUGUUUUCACCUCCCACUGAGGAAGAUGUGCUGGCUACCAAUAGUGCUCCACUGUGGUUUGCAUCCACUUCCUGCUUUUUUCCCAGGGUUGUCUGGAUUCUCAUAUUGAAAGAGCAAGAUAAACUCCAUUUCUGGAGAAUCAUUUUGAAGAGAAAGAUAAACCCCAUUUAUCUCCACUGAGACAACCCUUUUGUAAGAGAGGCCUGAUGUAAAAAACAGCCAUAAAGCACGAGCUUAAGAAUUAGACAAUUAUUAAUAUAAAGUCCUGAGACACCAGCUCUAGGAACAGAUCAUAUAACCUAGAACAGAUUCAUAAAACCAUACCCCCAGAGACCAGCCAGGGGAUAACCACAAAAGAUGGGAAAUAUCUUUUCUCAGAAUAGACCAUCUGCACUGGGCAGCCCUAUUUCAUUAUAUGGUUAUAAGUUCUGAAAGGCCCCGGAAGCAGGGAGACCCUCACUCAGGUGUCGGGAUGAUGCGACCCCCCAAGAACUCACGUGAGACCGUCCUUGCUGUAAUAAACAUGAGGUGUAUUGAUAGGGACCAGUGCACUGGGGUCGAGACUCAUAUCCCACGCAGCGGCAGUGGAGUUCGACCCCGAGAGGCUGGCAGAAAGGGUAUUUAAAGGGAGAAACCACAACCCAGGGGCACAGGGAUGACGUCAUUGUAAUACCAGUGAAAUGUCACAAGGAGGAGCUUCCUGUUUCUCAAGAUUGUUCUCUAAGGGCCAUAUCUUUAGUCCUUUUAUCUAGCUCCUGGGAGAGCAGGCUCAAGAAAUUCGAAAUUUUACUCACAGGUAGAGGGCAGGGUCUGGAAUUUGAGGUAUUUAGGGCUUUUAUAAACUUCUGACUGCUUUGCUGCAUUUUUAUUCUUUCAGUUCAUGAGGAAGGCAUGCAGACCACUGACAAACUGUGACAAAUAGGGUCAUUUGUCUGGGGUUGCCAUUUCAAAUCAUGAUUGACCCCUGAAUGAUGAUUGUUUCUGUACAAUAACCCUCUUUGUUUUUGUAUACUAUCAGAGUCUGCGGUCUUCAACAAUUUUCAGACCCUUACAUCGUAUAGCAGAUGAAUAUUAGCUACAAUUUUCCUUAUGCAAAUGUGAAAUUACAGAAACAAACAUCAUAUUUUGUGUCCUAAAAGCUCUCUUUAAUUAUUAAUAUCCUUGGAACCAUUCUGCCAAGGGGUCAUGUAGUGAAAAUUGGACUUUAGAAGCUAUCCAUCUUGAUUCAAGGGGGUUUAGCAUGAGUGGAGGAGGAGGGGCAGGAAGAGGGUGGUAGAAAUGAAGAGGAAGGGGAAAAAGAACAAGAAGAGGAACAAAAAUGACAAGGAGUAGGAGAAAAAGAAGAUGAGUAAGAGGAGGAGAAGAAAUACACCAGGAAGAGGAGGAGCAGCACUAGGAAGAGGAAGAUGAGGACAAGGAGUAGAAGAAGGAGGGGAAUAAAUUCCUGCUUAGUGCUGGAAGACAGAAAGGUCGGCUAUUGGAGGACAGACAAAUGGGAUACUGAAACACAAAUCUUGCAGAUCUAAAAUGUGUCAUCUCCUAGAGUACAAUGAUGGGCCAGAAAACUUGCUACUCCAUGUCUUCAGCACACUCUAAUCCUAAUGGAGGUGCUCAUGUCACUCAAGAUUCACUGGCCAGUCAGGGCGUUUUUAAGGACCCUCCAAUCAGGAGAAAAGGAGUGUUCUUCCGGGUUCUUUUGUUCCUGCUGCAAGUUCCACUCUAUUACCGAGCAGGCUUGAGUGAUUGGUGUGACAUACUUUGAACUCUGCUGCUGAGUGCCUUACAGAACUGCCAACCCUGAACUACCAAGUCCAAUCAUGGUGAGCAUGUGACCACUGCCCCUAACCUGAAUUAGCAGUGGACUGAGAAGGGGGAGGCAGGGAGGUGGUCCUCCCAUGCAUGGGCUUGGUGGGAACUAGCAGCCAUCUUGUAGAUUCCGUGUGGUCCUGGCCAUUAGGUGUUCUCAUGUGUUCAGUUUGGGAGCUGUAUCUGUGCAAAGCCUUUGGAGCAAGGGGUUUCUGUUAGAAACAUCAUGGGCAGGAUGCCAAAUGCGGAGACCUAGCUUCUCGGUGUCCUCCAGAACUUGUCCCUUGCCAUUUAAAAUCAAUUUGGAGUGAAUUUUGUGGGUGUUAUUAACCACACCUCAAAGGCUGGGUAGCACUGGAAUUUAAUCUGUUAAGGGAACCGGAGAAUCUAUGAUGUAGGAUCUUCCAGUGCUUAGGAAAUAGAGGCACUGUGGAUUGCUCCGGUGCUGUUUGUAUUUUGAUGUUAAUUCCACUUUUCCCAGAGAGGCUGCCUAGGAUGAGGAGUAUUCACAUAUUCAGGUGUCUUUCGUUGGAAACUUCUCCCCAUUUUAACAUGUGAAAUAUAGGCUAGACCUGGUUAUUGGGCUGGGGAGUGGAAGGUGGAGCUGAAAAGCUUUAGGGAGGAGAGACGUGAGGGAAGAUGGGGAAGGAAAAUGGAAGUGAAGCAGGUGGCCUACAGCAUGUGUAUUGGUCCCCAGAGCAAUGGCCUUCCUUCUUCUUGAUUUAAGAUUCUAAAUUCUUAAGGUAAAGGGCAGUACCACAACUGAGUUUUAAAAUUACCUAUUUGAGUCAUGGACUGUACUGUGCAUUGCAGUAACAGGGAAAGGAUUUGUAUGUGGAGCAGGACUUCUGUCCUCAGAACAGUGCAGGAGGACCAGUGUCCUGUGUACAGUGCAGAGUGAAACAGGGUAGGCAACAGCUAGAUCACAGACUAAUUGAAGUUUAAAGCCUUCAUCUGCAGGGCUCACCUUUAUGAAUAAAGUCCUGCCUGACUUAGGGUGUGUGAUUUUGUAAUUUCCUAACGAGUGUUAAUUCAUACCUUUUAAUGUAAACACACAAGAUUGGUGGGUGAGACUCUGGGACCCACUCCUGGAAGACAGUCUUACAACACCUUCCAAGAUGUUCCACGAGUGGACAGUAGGAAGGAGAAAGGACCUUUCAUUAGUGUUUUCUGAGGUCUCUAUCCUUGGCGUGGGGCGGGGGUUGGGGGGUAACUACAAACAAAGAGGAUCCUGUGUAGGAAUUGACUUCACUGACAACUUCGUGUGGAAGUGUGGAUCACAGGAGACCUGUUUUGUCUCAGUUGCUUGACCAGCAUACCUCCAGUAGGGGAGAUACUAAGUUCCUAAGACUUAGCUGUGUGGUUCAAGCUAAUGAGGGAUAUGGGGAGGCUGAGCAGUCAGACACACCACUGGGAGAUAGCAAGCAGUGUCUUCUAGGAUUCCCCUUAGACACAUCCAUUAGGAAAUCUGAGGAAGAUCACAGUCCCACCGUGGUGAGUGUGAGGACCCCAGACCCCAGACCCCAGACCCCAGACGUGGAAGAGUACACUGGUGGAUCUAUCAGAGUCUAAUGUGUUAGACUACGAUGAGCUGUGAUCCACACUGUUUUGUUGGUAUAUGUGUUGAUCUGGGGAGAUGCACUGGGCUUUCUUUCCUCAGUGAGAGGGCAUUCCUUGAGGAGGGGAGAAUCUGGAUUUCUAGCCAUUGCUGUGUUGCUGCUACUCUCUCUAUGCAGUGCACACACUGAAGCUUCUAGUGUGUGGUACACGGACUUGUAGGGAAUAUUGAGGUCCAGUUUGUAGAAGUUCCAAAUGAAAUAACUCGACAAGUUCAGUAGGAGUGAAAUCAAAGUUUGUGGCUUAUCCAGAAAAAGGUGGUUUCAAAUGACCAUCAAGUGCUGAAAGGAAAUCAUAAAUUGAAAUGCAAGGAGAUUAUCACCUUUAAACAGAAGAUCCUUUCUAUGGACUUGAAAUCUUAGAAGAUGCCAUGAGAGUAACACGCUUUCCUACUAACCCUCCAAUUAAUGGAAGGAGUAGGCAAAGUGAUUCCUAGUCCCAGUAAAAGAUUCUACAACUGUUAUUCAUCUGUGAUGGGGUCCAGCCCAGUUUAGAAGCCAGACUCAACAAGACCACUUAUUUCUUGUGGGUUGGAAACAAGAAGGAUGCAAAGGUCAUGGAUGCUUGCUCUGUGGUUUCAAUUGAGCACUCUUCCAGCCAUCUGUGUCCUACAGAGUCAGAGCCCCAUUGAUGAGCCUGUUGAGUUCAUUACUUGAGGUCAUGAGGAUGAAGCUUCAGUAGUAUUUCCUGACCACAUGAUGUUGAGAUACAAAACAUGAGUCAUCUGCUAUGGAGAGCUGCAUACACAAUGUAGAAGUAACCAAAACAACAGCUAUGUUACAAGUUGCCCCUUAAAAUGUAAGCCACAUAUGUCUGAGACAGAGCCAUAAGACUUGCCUUUUGACCUGCAUGUUUCUCGCCUUGCUCAUCUACUGAUGUACCCAUCCCUGUUUAUUGGAAUGGGAAGUGAUAUUCUGUGGCAUUUUUUGUCUUUUAUUGUAUACUUUUUUGUUUACCUUUCAAAUGUUAUUCCCUUUCCAGAUUCCCGGACAUAAGCCCUCUAUCCUCCUCUCCUUCAAUAUAAGGGUGUUCCCCACCCCAACCACCCUCCCUUCCCACCCUCCUGACUUUCCCUUACACUGGGGAUCGGGUGUUCACCCUUCGUAGGACCAAGGGAUUUUCUUCCUAUUGUUGUCCAGCAAGGCCAUCCUCUGCUACAUUAUCAAGCUGGAGCCAUAGGUUAGUUCAUGUAUAGUCUUUGAUAGUGGUUUAGUCCCUGGGAACUCUGUUGUUGUUAUGGGGUGGCAAGCCCCUUCAGCGUUUUCAAUCCUUUCUCUAAUUCCUCCAACAGGGAUCCCAUUCUCAGUUCAAUGGUUUGCUGCUUGCAUUUGCCUCUGUAUUGGACAUGCUCUUGCUGUGCCUCUGAGGAGACAGCUAUAUUUGGCUCCUGUCAGCAUGCAGUUCUUAGCUUCAUUAAUCUUAUUUAGUUUUGUUGGAUAUAUAUGGCUCUGAAUGGCUGUUCCUUCUGUCUCUUCUCCAAACAUUUCUUCCAUAUACCCUCCUUUUAAGGAGUUAAGCAUCCACACUUUGCUUGUCCUUCUUAAACGUCAUGUGGUCUGUGGAUUGUAUCUUGGGUAAUCGAGCUUUUGGGCUAAUAUCCACUUAUCAGUGAGUGCAUACCAUGUGUAUUUUUCUGUGAUUGGGUUACUUCACUCAGGAUGAUAUUUUCUAGUUCAAUCCAUUUGCCUACAACUAUCAUGAAGUCAAUAUUUUGAUAGCUGAGUGGUACUCCAUUGGGUAGAUGUACCACAUUUUCUGUAUCCAUUCCUCUGUUGAAGGUCAUCUGGUUUCUUUCCAGCAUUUGCUAUGAUAAAUAAGACUGCUAUCAACAUAGUAGAGCAUGUGUCUUUUUCGUAUGUUGGAGCACCUUUUCUGUAUAUGCCCAGGAGAGGUAUACUGGGUCCAUACAUAGUGGAAUGACCAAUUUUCUGAGGACCUUUCAGAUUGAUUUCUAGCGUGUUUGUACCAGUUUGCAAUCCCACCAACCAUGGAGGAGUGUUCCUCUUUCUCCACAUCCUCGCCAGCAUUUGUGGUCACCUGAGGUUUUGAUCUUAGCCAUUCUGACUGGUGUGAAGUGGAAUCUUAGGGUUGUUUUGAUUUUCUUUUCCAUUAUGAGUAAGGAUUCCAAUGUGACUAAGCUGAGUAUUCUUUAUUCAGCUCUGUACUCCAUCUUUAAUAGGGUUAUUUGACUGCCUGGGGUCUAAUUUCUUGAAUUCUCUGUAUAUUUUGCAUAUUAGGCUAUCAGAUGUAGGAUUGGCAAAGAUCUUUUCCCAAUCUGUUGGUUGCCAUUUUGUCCUAUUGACAGUGUUCUUGCCUUACAUAAGCUUUGCAGUUUUAUGAGCCCCAUUUGUGGAUUCUUGAUCUUGGAGCUUAAGCCAUUGGUGUUUUGUUCAGGAAAUUUUCCCCAGUGCCCAUGUGAUUGAGACUCUUCCUCACUUUUUUCCUAUUUGUUUGAGUGUAUCUGGCUUUAUGUGGAGGUCCUUGAUCCACUUGGACUUAAGCUAUGGACAGGGUGAUAAGAAUGGUUCCAUUUGCAAUCCUGUACAUGCUGACCUCCAGUUGAACCAGCACAAAUUGUUAUAAAUGCUAUCUUUUUUUUCUAUUGAAUGGUUUUAGCUUUUUUGGCAAAGAUCUAGUGACCAUAGGUGUGUGGGUUCAUUUCUCGGGCUUCAGUUCUGUUCCAGUGAUCUACCUGCCUGUCUGUGUACCAAUUCCAUACAGUUUUUAUCGCUAUUGUUCUGUAAUACUGUUUGAAGUCAGAGAUGAUGAUUCCCACAGAAGUUCUUUCAUUGUUAAGGAUAGUUUUUGCUAUCCUGGGUUUUUUGUUAUUCCAAAUGAAUUUGCAAAUUGCUCUUUCUAACUCUAUGAAGAAUUGAGUUGGAAUUUUGAUGGGGAUUGCAUUCAAUCUGUAGAUUGCUUUUGGGAAGAUGGCCAUUUUUAACCUAUUAAUCUUUCCAAUCCAUGAGUACGGGAGAUCUUUCCAUCUUUUGAGAUCUUCUUCACUUUCUUUCUUUAGAGACUUGAAGUUCUUUCACUUGCUUGCUUAGAGUCACACCAAGGUAUUUUAUGUUAUUUGAGACUAUUGUGAAGGAAUGCCUUUAUCUAAUUUAUUUCUCAGCCUGUUUAUCCGUUGAGUAGAGGAAGGCUGCUGAUUUGUUUGAGUUACUUUUAUACCAAGCCACUUUGCUGAAGUUGUUUAUCAGGCUUAGUAGUUCUCUGGUGGAACUUUUGGGGUCACUAAAGUAUAUUAUCAUAUCAUCUGUAAAUAGUGAUAUUUUGACCUCUUCCUUUUCAAUUUGCAUUCCCCUGACCUCCUUUUGUUGUCCGAUAGCUCUGGCUAGGAGUUCGAAUAGUAUGUUGAACAGGUAGGGAGAGAUUGGGCAGCCUUGUCUAGUCCCCGAUUCUAGUGGGAUUUCUUCAAGUUUUCUCCAUUCAGUUUAAUGUUGGCUACUGGUUUGCUGUGUAUUGCUUGUACUAUGUUUAUGUAUGGGCCUUGAACUGCUGAUCUUUCUGGGACUUUUAUUGUGAAGGGGUGUUGAAUUUUCUCAAAUGCUUUCUGAGCAUCUAAUGAAAUGAUCAUGUAGUUUUUUUCUUUGAGUUUGUUUAUAUAGUGGAUUACGUUGAUGGUUUUCUGUAUGUUGAAACAUCCCUGCAUCCCUGGGAUGAAGCCUACUUUAUCAUGAUGGAUGAUCAUUUUGAUGUGUUCUUGGAUUAGGUUUGCAAGAAUUUUGUUGAAUAAUUUUGUGUCAAUAUUCACAAAGGAAAUUUGUCUGAAGUUCUCUUUCUUUGUUGGGUUUUUGUGUGGUUUGUGUCUGUUUGUUUGUAUUUUGUGGAAUAGUCUGGACAGUACUGGUACGAUAUCUUCUAUGAAGGUCUGAUAGAAUUCGGCAAUAAACCCAUCUGGUCCUGGGCUCUUUUUGGUUGGGAGACCUUUAAUGACUGCUGCUGUUUCUUUAGGAGGGAUAGGAUUGUUUAGAUGGUUUAGCUGAUGCUGAUUUAACUUUGGUAUGUGGUACUUGUCUAGAAAAUUGUCAAUUUCCUCCAGAUUAUCCAGUUUUGUUGAAUAUAGGCUUUUGUAGUGGGAUCUGAUGAUUAUUUUAAUUUCCUCAGAUUCUGUUGUUAUGUCUCCCUUUUCCUUUCUGAUGUUGUGAAUUUGGAUACACCCUCUGUGCCCUCUGGUUAGUCUGGCUAAGUGUUAAUCUGUCUUGUUGAUUUUCUCAAAGAACCAGCUCCUGAUUUUGUUGAUCUUUGUAUGGUCCUUUUCGUUUCUGCUUGGUUGAUUUCAGCCCUGAGUUUGAUUAUUUUCUGCCUUCUACUCCUCUUGGGUGUAUUUGCUUCCUUUUGUUCUAGAGCUUUUCUGUGUGCUGUCAAGCUGUUGAUUGAUGUAUGCUCUCUCCUAUUCCUUUUUGGAGGCACUCAGAGCUGUGAGUUUUCUCUUAGAACUGCUUUCAUAGUGUCCCGUAAGUUUGGAUAUGUUGUGCCUUCUUUUUCAUUAAUUUCUAAAAGGUCUUUUAUUUCUUUCUUUGUUUCUUCCUUGUUAUCAUUGAGUAGAGCUUUGUUCAACUUCCAUGUAUAUGUGGGCUUUCUGCCAUUAUUGUUGUUAUUGAAGACCCGCCUUAGUCUAUUGUGAUCUGAUUGGAUGCAUAGGAUUAUUUGAAUCUUUUUAUAUCUGUUGAAGUCUGUUUUGUGACUGAUUAUAUGGUCAGUUUUGGAGAAGGUACCAUGAGGUCCUGAGAUGAAGGUAUAGUCCUUUGUUUUAGGAUGAAAUGUUCUAUAAAUAUUUCUUAAGUCCUUUUGGCUCAUAACUUCUGUUAGUUUCUCUAUGUCUCUGUUUCAUUUGUAUUUCCAUGAUCUAUCCAUUGAUGAGAGUGGGGUUCUCCUACUAUUAUUGUGUGAGGUGCAAUGUAUGCUUUGAGCUUCAGUAAGUUUGUUUUUUUUUAAUAAGAAUGUAGGUGCCAUUGCAUUUGGAGCAUAGAUAUUUAGGAUUGAGAGUUUGUCUUGGUGGAUUUUUCCUUUGAUGAGUAUGAAGUUUUCUUCCUUAUUUUCUUUGAUAACUUUUGGUUGCAAGUCGAUUUUAUUCGACGUUACAAUGGCUGCUCCAGCUUGUUUCUUCAGAUCAAUUGCUUGGAAAGUUGUUUUCCCGCCUUUUAGUCUGAAGUAGUGUCUGUCUUUGUCUCUGAGUUGUGUUUCCUGUAUGUAGCAAAAUGCUGGGUCCUCUUUACAUAUCCAGUCUGUUAGUCUACAUCUUUUUAUUGGGGAGUUGAAUCGAUUGAUGUUAAACUAUAUUAAGGAAUAGUGAUUUAUGUUUCCUGUUAGUUUUGUUGUUAGAGGUGGAAUUAUGUUUGUUUGGUUCUCUUCUUUUGGGUUCAUUGCAUGAGAUUUUUCUAGGAUUUAGUUUUCUUCCAUGUUUUGGAAUUUUCCACAUAUUGUCUUUGUAUGGCUGUCUUUUUAGAAAGAAAUUGUGUAAAUUUCAUUUUGUAAUAGAAUAUCGUGGUUUCUCCAUCUAUAUUAAUUGAGAGUUUUGCUGGAUACAGUAGCAUGCACUGGCAUUUGUGUUCUCCUCCUGUUCUUAUGACAUCUGCCCAGGAUCUUCUGGCUUUCAUAGUCUCUGGUGAGAAGUCUGGUGUAAUUCUUAUAGGUCUGCCUUUAUAUGUUACUUGACCUUUUUUCCUUACUGCUUUUAAUAUUCUUUCUUUGUUGUGUGCAUUUGGUCUUUUAAGUAUAAUGUGACAAUAGCAAUUUCUUUUCUGGUCCAUCCUAUUUGGAGUUUUGUAGUCUUCUUGUAUAUUUAUGAGCAUCUCUUUCUUUAGGUAAGGGACGUUUUCACUAUAAUUUUGUUGAAGAUAUUUACUGGCUCUUUAAGUUUUAAGUCUUAAUUUUCUCCUAUACGUAUUGUCCUUAGGUUUGACCUUCUCAUUGUGUCCUAGAUUUCCUGGAUGUUUUGGAGUAGGAGAGUUUUGCAUUUUGUAAUGUAUUUGAUGGUUGUGUCAAUGUUUUCUAUGGUAUCUUCUGCCCCUGAGAUUCUCUCUUCUCUCUGUUGUAUUCCGAUGGUGACACUUGACACUUGCACCUACGACUCCUGAUCUCUUUCCUAGGUUUUCUAUCUCCAGGGUUAUCUCCCUUUGUGCUUUCUUUAUUGUUUCUAUUUCCAUUUUUAAAUCAUGGAUGGUUUGAUUCAAUUCCUUUACCUGUUUGGUUGUAUUUUCCUGUAAUUCUUGAAGGGAUUUUUGUGUUUCCUCUUUAAGGGCUUCUACUUGUUUACUUGUUCUGUGCUGUAUUUCUUUAAGGGAGUUAUUUAUGUUCUCCAUCAUCAUCGUAAAAUGUGAUUUUAAAUCCAAAUCUUGCUUUUCCAGUGUGUUUGGAAAUCCAGAGUUUGUUUUGCUCAGAGAACUGGGCUCUGAUGAAGCUAAGUUUUGGUUCCUGUUGAUAAGGAUCCUGUGCUGGUUGUCUCUGCUGUUAGCUUGUGUUGCUGUCUCUGACAGUAGCUUGACCCUCCUGUAGGCCUGUUUUCUUUCAGCUGAAUCUGGGAACAGAGACCUACUCCUGGGUUUGUUUGACCUGAAGCCUCCAGGUGGGUUGCUGGCACAGAAGUGUUGGUCUUACCUCUGCUCAUGGUGUGUAGGCUAUCCUGGUGACUGGCUUUCAGCUUUUGGCCCAAGCAGAAACCAGAAGUUUCCUGCCCCUGACUGCUUCUAGAUCCCUGUGCCCAAAGGGCACAGAUGGCUCUAAGAAAUUUCCUCUUGUGUGAAGAAUGUGGGCGGAAAGUAGUUGGUUCCCCUGAGUUCUCAGGAUUGUUUGCACUUCUGAGUGUCCAGUUUUCUCCCCUACAGUUUUGGGUAGAGGGAGCUAUGGGACCAGUUCAGUUCACCUCCAGGCUCCAUCAGAAACUGCUAGCAGGUUCCUGCCACUGACUGCAGCUCUAUUCCUGUAUCCAGAGUCUACUAUGCAAGUUCCCCUUGGGCCAUGAAUGUGAUCAGAAGUGGACAGAAGUGGCGGUCUCUCCUGAGGUCUCAGAUUUGUCCUCAUUUCUGGGAAUUUAUCUCUCUCCCCUACGGGAUUUAGGUGCUGGGACCUGUGGGAUUCAUUCAGUUCAGUUCCGGGCACAUCCAGAAACCAGAAGUGUCCUGUCCCAGAAUUCUUCUGCCAUGUGUGUCCUGAGGCCACCGGACAGGUUGCUUGGAACAGAAAAGUUGAUCUUACCUCUGCUCUCAGGUGUGACUCCUUGUGACUGCCUUUCAGCUCUGAGCACAGGCAGAAACUCGAAAGGUCCUGUCCCUGACUGCUCCUAGGUCCCUGUGCCCAGAGGGCACAGAUGUCACUAGGAGGUUUAAUCUUUGGUCAGAUAGGUGUGCAGUAAGUAGUUGUCUCCUGUGAGUUCUCGGGAUUGUCCACACUUCUGAGGGUCCAGCUGUCCCACCCACAAGAAUGGGGUGGAGGGAGCUCUGGUAUUGGUUCAGUUCAGUUCCAGUUCAGUUCAGGAAUCAGCAGGUUCCUGCCAGUGACCACUCCUAUAUUCCUGUAUCCAGGGGACACUAUGCAGGUUCCUUUUGGUUGAGGAAUGGGAACAGAAGUGGGCAGAAGUGGCGGUCUCCACUGAGGUCUCAGGAUUGUCCACACUUCUGGGAAUUCAGCUCUCUACCCCAUGGGAUUUGCCAUUUUAUGUGAUAAAGAUAUAACUUGCUUUCAGACUUUAGAGUAUGUGACAGUCUAAAGAUUGUCUUGAGGGUGGCAGGAGACUUUGGACAUUUGAACACUGUACAUGCUGUAACAGACUUUAAGGGUCCUUGAUGUUAGAUUAAAUGCAUUUUUGUCAUGGAAUGACCGUGAACCUAUAGAGAGCGUGGGCUAGCAUAGUUAGGUGGAUGAAAGAGCAUCCAGAUAGUAUGUUGACUUUAAACAUUUGUUUCUUGUUGGUGGACUUGUUGGUGAGAAUAUGUGGAGAAGGACUCCUACAAGAGGCAAUUCCUUAUUGGGAUGGGAUUUGAGUGUCUAUAGACUUAAUCAAUAUCCAUUUAUUUCUGCUAUUCUGUUUUCCUUGAAAUUCAUCCUUCAGCUUCCUCCACGUGUCCUUCCUUCCUGUCCUGCCUUCCUUUUAAUAGGCUCUGUCCUUAAAUCAUAUGAGAUACAGAAGAAGCAAUGCUAAGCUAUUUUGCUUAACUAAUGUUUUCAUAUUUUUCAAGUUUGGUUUUGUUUUUGAAGACAAUGUUUUUCUUUGUGGCCGUGGGUAUCCUUAAAGUAGGCCUAUAUGCUAGGCAGGCCUUGAAUGUAGGGAUCAAAUUGAUUCUGGGGUCUAGUGCUGGAAUCAAGUGUGGGCCAACAUGUCUGGCCUUUCUCUUUUAUUGAUAUACAUGGGCCUGGAAUGAAUGUGUCUUUAUAUGUCAAGCAUAUGCUUUUGUGCUGAACUUACCCCACAUUUUGAUUUUUGAAAUUUCUUAGUCAUUAUCAUUCUAUUUCCUAGGGUACCAUGUACUCAUAAUGUUAAUACUUCUGAGUCUUCUCAGUCAUUGCAGGGCAUUCACUGACCUUCUUUCUACCUGUUGUGUUUGUUGUGACUUUAUGUUAGAAAGACUAUGAGUCCUUUGCCUAUAUGCAUGAAUAUAUCCCUCAGGUGUGUCUAGUCCUCAGAGUAGCCAGACAAUGGUCUGACACCUGCUGAAAGUAGGAUAAUGGAUAGCUGUGAUCCUGCUGUAAAUACAAGCAGUUUACUUUACUUAUUUGUAGGACCUGCAAGAGCUCUUCCUGAAGCAUGUAACCUUUUCACUAUCCGGCCUUAAGUUCCUGACAGGUACACUUCCAGUCCCUGCCCUGGUUCCCUUGUAUGGGGGAACAGUGUCACACAAUAGAACACACACACACACACACACACACACACACACACACACACACACACAUACACACACACACACACACACACACACACACACACACUAAUAUGUUUAUCCUGACUUAUGUCUCAUCCAAGCUUCCCACAGCUAGUGUGUCCUCUCCGUUACUCUUUGCUCGACACUCUAUAUCUGCCCUUAGCUCAGUGGCCCAGUUACCUUUUCAUUACUCACCACCAUAAAACUACUCUCAGCCUAAUUGCAUUUCUAAUCUCCAACCUGGGGUUGCGGGCAAUGAACACUCCUCUGGACAUCUUACAUGGUUGUCGGCUCUCUCUCCAAAGCAAGACAAAUCUCUCUUUCCUGUCUCCUGCUUCUCUUUCCUCACCUUUGGGAACCUGGAAUUCUCACCUUUUCUACCCUUUCCAUUGGCUGCUGUCAAUGGAUCUUGAUCGAUCAAAAUCCAAUUAGAGAUAAGGAACUGCAUAAUUUACAUGCAGAUUCCCAGUCAAAGCAUGAGAACCAUGCCGUGUACUUCACUGCUGAGCCAUCUCUCCUGCACUGUGUUGUUUACAUCUAAUCAACUUUCAUAUAGCUAAGAUUUUCUUCUGCCUAAUUGUAAAGUUCUUUUUUUUUUCCCUCGGAGCUGAGGACCGAACCCAGGGUCUUGGGCUUGCUAGGCAAGCGCUCUACCACUGAGCUAAAUCACCAACCCCCUGCCUAAUUGGAAAUGUUUAAACAUAUAUUCCCUUUUGGUAAUAUCUUGUUAAUCUUACAAUUUGUACCUCUUCACCUCAGGUUUCUGGAAGAUGACUAUAGAACUGGAUUUUAUGUAUAAUGCUCUUAUAGAUUUAAGGAAAAACCUGAGGUCUUUCUAUAUUUCUGGUUUGGUUAGUCAAUUCUGGUAGAGGAUACAGGGUCUUACUAUGUACCUUUGGCUGUUCUAGAACUCAUUAUAUACCCCACACUGGCAUCCGACUCAAUGGGAUAAUUCUGCUUCUGUCUUUUUACUGCAGUGUUAAAGGCAUAGGACAAUAGACCCAGCUUUUAACUGAUUUUUACAGUCAAUAAUUGUUAGUGUUAAUACAAUUUCUUCCAUGUGUGGUAAGCACUAUUGAUCUUGUAGAGCUUAUGUCCACUUUCCAUAUGUAGGUGUCAUUUCACUAGAAAGGCUACAUCCUAUUGAACAGGCUGUGAAAUGACAGGGCUGAACCUCAUUAAUACAUUUCCUACAAGUAUGUAUUGGUAGUUACAGUAGAACUUUGGAGUCAAGAAAUAAGUCUGAUAGUCCCCAUAAUUAUAUGAACACAUUGUUUAUGAAGAAUACAUGCCCAAUGUUGUCUCUAUUGUGCUUUCUUUUGUACCCAUGUAUGGGAUACUCGAGAAGACAGUGACUUAUGAGGAUGUGCAUGUGAACUUCACUCAGGAAGAGUGGGCUUUGCUGGAUCCCUUCCAGAAGAAGCUCUACAAAGAUGUCAUGCUGGAGACCUACAAGAACCUCAAUGCUAUAGGCUUUAAUUGGGAAGAAAAAAAUAUUGAGGAACAUUGUCAAAGUUCUAGAAGACAGAGAAGGCAUGAAAGAAGUCAGAGUGCAGAGAUUCCCUCCGAAUAUACUCACUGUGGAAAACCCUUUGCUUUACAUGCUCAUAGUCAUGCUCAAAGGAAUGAAAGGAUCCAUUCAGAAAAGAAGCCCUCUGAAGUUAUUCAGUGUGUUGAAGCCUUUGCUCCUUACACAGUUCUCCAACUACAUAAAAGAACACAAGCUAGACAAAAACCUUAUGAAUGUAGUCAAUGUGGUAAAGUUUUUUCAAAUCACAGUAAACUUAAAAAGCAUGAAAGUCUUCAUACUGAAAAGAAACCCUACAAAUGUAAUGAAUGUGAUAAAGCCUUUUCACAACUCAGUAUACUCUACAGGCAUCAAAGAGUUCACACUGGAGAGAAACCCUACAAAUGCAAUGAAUGUGAUAAAGCCUUUUCACGACAUAGUAGACUCAAGAGGCAUAAUAGAGUUCAUACUGGAGAGAAACCCUACAAAUGUAAUGAAUGUGGUAAAGCCUUUUCACUACCAAGUAGACUCCAGAUGCAUAAUAGAGUUCAUACUGGAGAGAAACCCUACAAAUGUAAUGAAUGUGAUAAAGUCUUUUCAAUACACAGUUCCCUCCAGAGGCAUAAAAGAGUUCACACUGGAGAGAAACCCUACAAAUGUAAUGAAUGUGAUAAAGCCUUUUCAGUACACAGUAGACUCAAGAGGCAUAAUAGAGUUCAUACUGGAGAAAAACCCUACAAAUGUAAUGAAUGUGAUAAAGCCUUUUCAGUACACAGUAGACUCAAGAGGCAUAAUAGAGUUCAUACUGGAGAAAAACCCUACAAAUGUAAGGAAUGUGAUAAAGCAUUUUCAGAACAUGAUAGCCUCCAGACACAUAAAAGAGUUCACACUGGAGAGAAACCCUACAAAUGUAAUGAAUGUGAUAAAGCCUUUUCAGUACACAGUAGCCUCCAGAAGCAUAAAAGAGUUCACACUGGAGAAAAACCCUACAAAUGUAAGGAAUGUGAUAAAGCAUUUUCAGAACAUGAUAGCCUCCAGACACAUAAAAGAGUUCACACUGGAGAGAAACCCUACAAAUGUAAUGAAUGUGAUAAAGCCUUUUCAGUACACAGUAGCCUCCAGAAGCAUAAAAGAGUUCACACUGGAGAGAAACCCUACAAAUGUAAUGAAUGUGAUAAAGCCUUUUCAGAACACAGUAGCCUCCAGAAGCAUAAUAGAGUUCACACUGGAGAGAAACCCUACAAUUGUAAUGAAUGUGAUAAAGCUUUUUCAGACCACAAUAGCCUACGGACGCAUAAAAGAAUUCAUACAGGAGAGAAACCCUACAAAUGUAAUGAAUGUGAUAAAGCCUUUUCAGUACACAGUAGCCUACAGAAGCAUCAAAGAGUUCACACUGGAGAGAAACCCUACAAAUGUAAUGAAUGUGAUAAAGACUUUUCACGACACAGUCACCUCCAGACACAUAAAAGAGUUCACACUGGAGAGAAACCCUUCAAAUGUAAUGAAUGUGAUAAAGCAUUUUCACAACACGAUAUCCUCCAGAAGCAUAAAAGGGUUCACACUGGAGAGAAACCCUACAAAUGUAAUGAAUGUGAUAAAGACUUUUCACGACACGAUAUCCUCCAGAAGCAUAAAAGAGUUCACACUGGAGAGAAACCCUACAAAUGUAAUGAAUGUGAUAAAGCCUUUUCAGUACACAGUAGACUCCAGAAGCACAAAAGAGUUCACACUGGAGAGAAACCCUACAAAUGUAAUGAAUGUGACAAAGCCUUUUCAGACCACAGUAGCCUACGGAAGCAUAAAAAAAUUCAUACAGGAGAGAAACCCUACAAGUGGAAUGAAUGUGAUAAAACCUUUUUAUACCACACUAGCCUCCAGAUACAUAAAAGAGUUCAUACUGGAGAGAAACACUACAAAUGUCAUGAAUGUGAUAAAGCCUUUUCAUGACCCAAUAUCCUCUACAGGCAUAAAAGAGUUCAUACUGGGUAGAAACCCUACAAAUAUAAUGAAUGUGAUGAAGUCUUUUCAGACCACGGUAACAUUCAGAGGCAUAAAAGAAUUCACACUGAAGACAAACUCUACAAAUGCAGUGACUGUGGUGAAGCCUUUUCGCAACACAAUACACUCCUGAUACAUGAAAGGAUUCAUACUGGAGAGAAACCCUACAAAUGUAAGGAAUGUGAUAAAGCCUUUUCACGGCCCAGUAGACUACAGAUUCAUAAUAGAGUUCAUACUGGAGAGAAAGCCUACAUAUGUAAUGAAUGUGAUAACGCUUUUUCACAACCCAGUAGACUCCAGGUACAUAGAAGAAUUCAUACAGGAGCAAAACCCGUCAAAUGUAGUAAAUGUGUUAAACCCUUUUCACAACAAAAUAGUCUCUAGACACAUAGAGUUCAUACCAAAAGAAACCUUACAAAAGUAAGCAAUGUGAUAAAGCCUUUCGCAACACAGUAAACUGCAAAUACAUUAAAGAACAUACACAGGAGAGAUACCCUCCAAAUGUAACCAAUGUGACAAAGACUUUUCCCAACAUAAUAGUCUCCAAAUACAUAGAAAAAUACAUACUGGAGAGAAAGCCUAUAAUUUAAAAAUUGUGAUAGGGGUUGGGGAUUUAGCUCAGCGGUAGAGCGCUUGCCUGGCAAACGCAAGGCCCUGGGUUCGGUCCCCAGCUCCGAAAAAAAAAGAAAAAAAAAUAAAAAUUGUGAUAAAAGUUUUCCAAUCCA